CACGCACACUCAUUCACAAUCAAGCACAAGCAUCGGCAUCGGCAUAAUCUUUGUGUGCGUGUGUCAAUCUGUGCGUGUUUCAUCUGUUUGUGAUAAUUCAAUUAUUUUAUUAUUUGUCAUAACUCAUAAUGACUCCAAACAAUCUCUCUUACUACUAUCAUAAAAUUUCAUGAAGCUAUUGUUACUGUUGAUCCGUGUUCAAGAUUAUUAAUAACCUUCAAAAAUGGCAAACUCUAUUGAGAUUCCUUUGCGCGAUACAACUGACGAGGUUAUUGAAUUGUACUUUGAUCAACUACCUGAAGGAGAUGAAGUUCUUGGUAUUCUCCGGCAGGAGAAUGCUCAAUUACACAUCUGGGUCAACUUGGCGCUGGAAUACUAUAAGCAGGGCAAAAUCAAUGACUUCAUCAAGAUUCUCGAAUUUUCGAGGAUCGAUGCUAACAUCGAUUACAGGGAUUUCGAAAAAGAUCAAAUGCGAGCUCUGGACAUGCUGGCCGCCUACUAUGUGCAAAUGGCUAAUCGAGAAAAGAACAAAGACAAGAAGAAGGAUUUAUUUCUGAAAGCAAAUGACUUGUAUACAACGGCUGACAAGAUCAUCAUGUACGAUCAGAACCAUCUGCUGGGUAAAGCGUACUUUUGCCUUCUGGAGGGCGAUAAAAUGGAACAAGCUGAUGCUCAGUUCAAUUUCGUGUUGAACCAGUCGACGAAUAACAUUCCUUCUCUGCUUGGUAAAGCGUGUAUUGCAUUCAGCAAGAAGGACUACCGCGGAGCGCUGGCUUUCUACAAGAAGGCGUUGCGAACCAAUCCCAAUUGCCCGGCAGCUGUGCGGCUUGGCAUGGGACAUUGCUUCAUGAAGCUUGGCAAUCAGGAAAAGGCUAGGUUAGCAUUCGAACGAGCUCUUGAGCUGGACUCGGGGUGCGUGGGAGCACUGGUCGGUCUGGCCAUCCUGCAGCUGAACAGGCAGCAGCCCGAUGACAUUCGCACCGGAGUACAAAUGCUGUCCAAAGCCUAUUCCAUCGACUCCACCAAUCCGAUGGUUCUCAACCAUUUGGCCAACCAUUUCUUCUUCAAGAAGGACUACUUGAAGGUCCAGCAUCUAGCACUGCAUGCAUUCCACAACACCGAAAAUGAAGCGAUGCGCGCAGAAAGUUGUUAUCAGCUGGCAAGAGCAUUCCAUGUCCAGGGUGAUUAUGAUCAAGCUUUCCAGUAUUACUAUCAGGCAACCCAGUUUGCUCCUCCUAUGUUCGUCUUGCCUCAUUUUGGCCUUGGUCAAAUGUACAUUUACAGAGGUGACUCAGAAAACGCCGCACAGUGCUUUGAGAAAGUAUUGAAAGCUCAACCGGGAAACUAUGAGACAAUGAAGAUUCUGGGCUCUUUAUAUGCUAGCUCAACUAGUCAAUCGAAACGUGAUAUAGCAAAAAAUCAUCUCAGAAAGGUUACAGAACAACUACCGGACGACGUAGAAGCGUGGAUCGAACUGGCGCAGAUUCUGGAGCAGAGCGACCUGACCGGAGCACUGCACGCUUACGGCACGGCGACCAACAUUCUCAAGGACAAAGUGAACGCAGACAUUCCGCCCGAGAUGCUGAACAACGUGGGCGCUCUGCACUAUCGCUUGGCGAGCCUCGACGAGGCCAAGCUCAGCCUGGAGGAGUCUCUGGCGCGUGCGCAGACCGAGGCCAGCCAUGACCCGCAGUACUAUAACUCGAUCGCCGUCACCACCACAUACAACCUGGCCCGCCUCAACGAGGCCCUCUGUCAGUUCGACAUCUCCGAGAAGCUCUACAAGGACAUUCUCAAGGAGCAUCCCAACUAUGUCGAUUGUUACCUGAGGCUAGGCUGCAUGGCAAGGAACAAAGGUCAGAUCUACGAGGCGUCGGAUUGGUUCAAAGAGGCGCUGCGGAGUGACAACGAGCAUCCCGACGCCUGGUCGUUGCUAGGCAACCUCCAUCUCGCCAAAAUGGAGUGGCAGCCUGGCCAGAAGAAAUUCGAACGGAUCCUCAAGAAUCCAGCCACGUCGAAUGACGCUUACUCACAGAUAGCGUUGGGAAAUGUGUGGCUGCAGACUCUACAUCAACCAAUGAAAGAUAAGGAGAAGGAGAAAGUCUACCAAGAGCGUGCUCUAGCAAUGUACAAUAAAGUAUUAAGGAACGAUCCCCGAAAUAUUUGGGCUGCACAUGGCAUUGGUGCUGUGUUAGCUCACAAAGGAUGUGUGAAUGAAGCCAGAGACAUUUUCGCACAAGUUAGAGAAGCCACUGCUGAUUUCUGUGAUGUUUGGCUCAACAUCGCCCACAUUUAUGUCGAACAAAAACAAUAUGUUAGUGCAAUUCAAAUGUACGAGAAUUGCUUGAGGAAAUUUUUCAAAUAUCAUCACGUAGAAGUAUUACAAUACCUUGCUAGAGCCUACUUCAAAGCUGGCAAGCUGAAGGAAUCGAAAAUAAUUCUACUGAAGGCGCGAAGAGUAGCACCACAAGACACAGUGCUCUUGUACAACAUUGCUCUCGUUCUACAAAGACUGGCAACACAGAUAUUGAAAGAUGAGAAGUCGACGUUGGAAACUGUGUUGCAGGCAGUGCAUGAGCUGGGCUUGUCUCACAAAUACUUUUUGUACCUGUCGGUGCAUGGGGACAAGAUGCGCUACGACGUGAACGUGGCGGCGGGUGAGGCACGGCAGUGCCAGGACCUGUUGUCGCAGGCGCAGUACCACGUGGCGCGCGCCCGUCGCCUCGAUGAGGAGGAGAAGCAGCUGAGGCGCAAGCAGGAGGAGGAGCGCCAGGCCUUCAAGAUGAAGCAGAAGGAGGAAAUGAGGUUGGAACAGGAGAGGAGGAAGCAGCGUGUGGAGGAGAUGCUGCAGAAGCGACAGGAGUACAAGGAGAAGACGCGAGGGGCGCUGGUGUUCACCGACAUGCCCAGCGAGAAGAAGUCGAAGGGUCGCGGGCGCCAGAGGGACAACGACUAUGUGUCAGAUUCAGGGGGCAGUGACGCCGCACCUCGCAGUCCCUCUCAGCAGCAGCCUAGGAACAAGAAGAGUGACGGAGAAAAGAAGAAGAGGAAAUCUGGCCAAAGUGGAGCCAGGAAACGAAGAGAGAAGCAAUCAGAAGGAGGCAAUUCGGACUCGGACAGUGACAGGCCCAAGAAGAAACGAGGUCGCAAGUCAAUCAAGGAACCAAAAAGCAAGAAGACGCCUAUCAAAGAUGAUGGAUUGUCAGCGAAACAAAAACUGCGAAUCGUAUCAAAAGCGACUAUUUCUACUAGUGAAUCUGAUAGUGGUGACAGUGGAAAGUUGAAGAUUGCUAGUGGUGGAGAAAGUGGUAGCGGCAGUGACCAGGAGGGGAAAGGAAAGGGCAAGAAGCGAAUUGUAUCAAGUGGCAGCGACGCCGCACCUCGCAGUCCCUCUCAGCAGCAGCCUAGGAACAAGAAGAGUGACGGAGAAAAGAAGAAGAGGAAAUCUGGCCAAAGUGGAGCUAGGAAACGAAGAGAGAAGCAAUCAGAAGGAGGCAAUUCGGACUCGGACAGUGACAGGCCCAAGAAGAAACGAGGUCGCAAGUCAAUCAAGGAACCAAAAAGCAAGAAGACGCCUAUCAAAGAUGAUGGAUUGUCAGCGAAACAAAAACUGCGAAUCGUAUCAAAAGCGACUAUUUCUACUAGUGAAUCUGAUAGUGGUGACAGUGGAAAGUUGAAGAUUGCUAGUGGUGGAGAAAGUGGUAGCGGCAGUGACCAGGAGGGGAAAGGAAAGGGCAAGAAGCGAAUUGUAUCAAGUGGCAGCGACAGGUCGCGAAGCAGGAGUCGGUCGGGAAGUAGGUCAAGGUCGGGUAGUGGCUCAAGGUCAAGGUCGAGGAGCGGCUCAAGGUCACGAUCGAGGAGCAGAUCCAAAAGCGGUUCAAGGUCGCGCAGUGGUUCAAGGUCCAGAAGUGGCUCAAGGUCGAAAAGUCGUUCUCGAUCAAGAAGUGGAUCAGCGAAGUCCAGAUCGGCAUCCAGGUCCAGAUCUCGUUCCAGGAGUGGCUCAAGAUCUCCGUCUCCAGAAACUAGAAAAUCUGUUUCUGGCAGUGAAGGUUCUGGAAGUGGCAGUGACUAAACUACGGUCGUAUUCAAUUAUUAGUAAAAACAGUUUCAAUUUUACAAUAUGGAAACAAUAUGAUGCACUUGGAAAUUUGUCAAAUAAACUACCUAUUUAAUAUAGAUUUACUUUUUAAAUGAGAACUGAUUCCUUUGUUCUUUUUCAUUGAGUUGAGCUGGUAAUAUGUUAUUAUCAUUCUUUUGUCAUUGAAUAUGUUUAAUUUUCUUUUUUUCAAAGGAACAUCAAUGGCAAUAAUCAAUAUUGAUGACUUUAUUCAAGUUUUCUAAUAAAUGUAACUACUUUAAUUUCUAA